CCUGGUCCAAAAAUUCCCCUGAGGGGACCGAGGGGCUCUGCAACCUCCAGCUCCCGCGGGGCUGCGGUGACGGUGACGGCUGCGGCGGGACGCCGAUCGGGGAGGGGACUCGAAGAAGGGAGCGGAGGAGGGAGGAGGAGGAGCAAAGGUGUUGGAGAGAAAACUUCUGAAGGAACAGGAAACCUGCCGGGGAGGCGGCUGCUGCAGCUUCUCGGGGCGUCGGGGCUGCGCACGUCGCGGGGUGUCCACAGGGCGCCUUUGCUCCUGCCCCGCUCCUGCGGUGCGGAAGCAGGCUGAACCCCUAUUCUCGGUCACUGGGACUGUGCCCUGCGCCGCUGCAGCGGUCCUGCGCUCCAUUCUGCCUCUGCCGCUGCAGCUCCUUUGGAGAGAGCAGCGAGGGCGCAGGGAAGAGGAGGGAGGUUCACUUUGGAACAUGAAGCAGCAUGUCUGAUAAAAUGUCCAGCUUCCUCUACAUAGGGGACAUCGUGUCCCUGUACGCGGAGGGCUCUGUCAACGGCUUCAUCAGCACCCUGGGGUUAGUGGAUGACAGAUGUGUGGUGCACCCAGAGGCAGGGGACCUUGCCAACCCUCCCAAGAAGUUCAGAGACUGCCUUUUCAAGGUGUGCCCUAUGAAUCGAUAUUCUGCCCAGAAGCAGUAUUGGAAAGCCAAGCAAGCCAAACAGGGGAACCACACAGAGGCCGCCUUGCUGAAGAAACUACAGCAUGCUGCAGAACUGGAACAAAAACAAAAUGAAUCAGAGAAUAAGAAACUGUUGGGAGAAAUUGUGAAAUACAGUAAUGUUAUACAACUACUGCAUAUAAAAAGCAACAAAUAUUUAACUGUCAACAAGCGAUUACCAGCUUUACUGGAGAAGAAUGCCAUGCGUGUGUCCUUGGAUGCUGCAGGAAAUGAAGGGUCUUGGUUUUAUAUUCAUCCCUUCUGGAAGCUGAGAAGUGAGGGUGACAAUAUUGUCGUAGGAGAUAAAGUUGUUUUGAUGCCUGUGAACGCAGGACAGCCACUGCAUGCCAGCAACAUAGAGCUUCUCGAUAACCCAGGCUGUAAGGAGGUGAAUGCUGUUAAUUGUAACACAAGCUGGAAAAUCACUUUAUUCAUGAAAUUUAGUUCCUAUCGAGAGGAUGUGUUAAAAGGAGGUGAUGUUGUUAGACUGUUUCAUGCAGAGCAAGAGAAGUUUCUGACUUGUGAUGAAUAUGAGAAGAAACAGCACAUUUUUCUUCGUACCACCUUGCGUCAGUCAGCGACUUCUGCUACUAGUUCUAAAGCACUCUGGGAAAUAGAGGUGGUUCACCAUGACCCAUGCCGUGGAGGUGCAGGACAGUGGAACAGCUUGUUCAGAUUUAAACAUCUUGCAACUGGGAACUAUUUAGCUGCAGAGCUUAAUCCUGAUUAUCGAGAUGCCCAAAAUGAAGGAAAAAAUGUGAGAGAUGGAGACCUUCCAACUUCAAAGAAAAAACGCCAGUCAGGAGAGAAGAUCAUGUAUACUUUGGUCUCAGUCCCACAUGGAAACGACAUUGCAUCUCUUUUUGAACUGGAUGCCACAACUCUUCAGAGAGCUGACUGCUUGGUUCCGAGGAACUCAUAUGUUCGAUUAAGACAUUUAUGCACCAACACAUGGGUAACCAGUACUAGUAUUCCUAUAGACACAGAUGAAGAACGACCUGUUAUGUUGAAGAUUGGAACCUGCCAAACAAAAGAGGAUAAAGAAGCAUUUGCCAUUGUGUCUGUCCCACUGUCUGAGGUCCGAGACUUAGACUUUGCUAAUGAUGCAAACAAAGUGCUAGCAACCACGGUUAAAAAGCUGGAAAAUGGCACCAUAACUCAGAAUGAAAGGAGGUUUGUAACCAAAUUAUUGGAAGACCUCAUCUUUUUUGUUGCUGAUGUGCCUAAUAAUGGACAAGAAGUUCUGGAUGUGGUUAUCACCAAGCCGAACCGAGAACGUCAAAAACUAAUGAGGGAACAAAACAUAUUGGCACAGGUAUUUGGGAUUCUUAAAGCACCCUUUAAAGAGAAAGCAGGAGAAGGCUCUAUGUUGAGGCUCGAAGACCUGGGGGACCAAAGAUACGCUCCCUACAAGUACAUGCUACGGCUCUGUUACCGCGUCCUCAGGCAUUCACAGCAGGAUUACCGGAAAAAUCAGGAGUAUAUUGCUAAGAAUUUCUGUGUCAUGCAGUCCCAGAUUGGCUAUGAUAUUUUGGCAGAAGAUACUAUCACAGCUUUGUUGCACAACAACAGAAAACUACUAGAGAAACAUAUCACAGCAAAAGAAAUAGAAACAUUUGUCAGCUUACUCAGGAGGAACCGGGAGCCAAGGUUUUUGGAUUAUCUGUCAGAUCUCUGUGUGUCUAACACCACUGCCAUCCCUGUCACUCAAGAACUCAUCUGUAAAUUUAUGUUGAGUCCUGGCAAUGCUGACAUUCUCAUCCAAACUAAGCUGGUCUCCAUGCAAAUAGACAACCCCAUGGAGAGCUGCAUCCUACCAGACGACUUAGAUGACGAAGAAGUCUGGCUGUACUGGAUUGACAGCAACAAGGAGCCUCAUGGCAAAGCUAUUCGGCACCUGGCUCAGGAAGCAAAGGAAGGCACCAAAGCUGACCUGGAGGUCCUUACCUACUACAGGUACCAGCUAAACCUCUUUGCAAGGAUGUGCUUGGAUCGCCAGUAUCUGGCCAUAAACCAGAUUUCUACACAGCUAUCUGUAGAUCUGAUCCUGCGGUGCGUGUCGGAUGAGAGCCUCCCGUUCGACCUCCGGGCAUCUUUUUGUCGCCUCAUGCUCCACAUGCACGUUGACCGAGACCCUCAGGAGUCUGUGGUGCCUGUUCGCUAUGCCAGGCUCUGGACGGAAAUCCCCACAAAGAUCACGAUUCAUGAAUAUGAUUCUAUAACAGACUCUUCCAGAAAUGAUAUGAAGAGGAAAUUUGCACUAACGAUGGAAUUUGUUGAGGAAUACUUGAAAGAAGUUGUAAAUCAGCCCUUUCCUUUUGGGGAUAAAGAAAAAAACAAACUAACAUUUGAGGUGGUUCACCUGGCUCGGAAUCUUAUAUACUUUGGAUUUUAUAGUUUCAGUGAAUUAUUAAGGCUGACAAGAACACUUCUGGCCAUCCUAGAUAUUGUACAGGCCCCCAUGUCAUCGUAUUUUGAAAGAUUAAGCAAAUUUCAAGAUGGAGGGAACAACGUCAUGAGGACCAUCCAUGGGGUGGGAGAGAUGAUGACCCAGAUGGUGCUCAGCAGAGGCUCCAUCUUUCCCGUGAGUGUGCCUGAUGUGCAGCCCAGCAUCCACCCCACUAAGCAGGUGAGCCCCACGGAGCAUGAGGACGUGACGGUGAUGGACACCAAGCUGAAGAUCAUCGAGAUUUUACAGUUUAUCCUGAGUGUCAGACUAGAUUAUAGGAUCUCAUAUAUGUUGUCGAUAUAUAAAAAGGAGUUCGGGGAGAACAAUGACAAUGCUGAGACAUCUGCCAAUGGCUCUCCAGAUACCUUACUACCCUCAGCUAUUGUUCCUGAUAUAGAUGAAAUUGCAGCUCAGGCAGAAACUAUGUUUGCUGGAAGAAAGGAAAAAAAUCCAGUGCAACUUGACGAUGAAGGAGGCAGGACAUUUUUACGGGUCCUCAUUCAUCUGAUCAUGCACGACUAUGCUCCUUUGCUGUCAGGAGCCCUGCAGCUACUCUUCAAGCACUUCAGCCAGAGAGCGGAAGUUUUACAGGCAUUUAAACAGGUGCAACUGCUGGUAUCCAAUCAAGAUGUAGAUAACUACAAGCAAAUCAAGGCAGAUCUGGACCAACUUCGACUGACUGUAGAAAAAUCUGAGUUAUGGGUGGAGAAGAGCGGCAGCUAUGAGAAUGGAGAGAUAGGUGAAAGUCAAGUCAAAGGUGGCGAAGAACCAAAUGAGGAAUCAAAUAUUUUAAGUCCAGUGCAAGAUGGAACAAAGAAACCCCAGAUUGACAGCAAUAAGAGCAAUAACUACAGGAUUGUAAAGGAGAUUUUGAUCAGGUUAAGUAAACUCUGCAUACAGAAUAAAAAGUGUCGGAAUCAACAUCAACGAUUACUGAAAAAUAUGGGGGCUCAUUCUGUGGUGUUAGAUCUUCUGCAGAUACCCUAUGAAAAGAAUGAUGAAAAGAUGAAUGAAGUAAUGAAUCUAGCCCAUACCUUCCUGCAGAAUUUCUGCAGAGGAAAUCCACAGAAUCAAAUUCUUCUUCAUAAACAUCUGAAUUUGUUUUUAACUCCUGGUCUCCUUGAAGCAGAAACCAUGCGGCACAUCUUCAUGAACAAUUACCAUCUGUGUAAUGAAAUCAGCGAGAGGGUUGUGCAGCAUUUUGUGCACUGCAUUGAGACACAUGGCCGCCACGUGGAGUACCUGAGGUUUUUGCAAACAAUUGUGAAAGCAGAUGGUAAAUACGUGAAGAAAUGCCAGGAUAUGGUAAUGACAGAGUUGAUAAAUGGGGGUGAAGAUGUGCUGAUCUUUUACAAUGAUAGAGCAUCAUUUCCAAUCCUUCUCCACAUGAUGUGUUCAGAGAGAGACCGAGGGGAUGACAGUGGCCCCUUAGCCUACCACAUCACCCUUGUGGAGUUGCUGGCAGCAUGCACAGAGGGGAAGAAUGUCUAUACUGAAAUCAAGUGUAAUUCCCUUUUGCCCUUGGACGACAUAGUGAGGGUGGUGACCCACGAUGACUGCAUCCCAGAGGUUAAAAUUGCUUAUGUGAACUUUGUUAACCACUGUUAUGUUGACACUGAAGUGGAAAUGAAAGAAAUCUACACAAGUAACCACAUUUGGAAAUUAUUUGAGAACUUCUUGGUGGAUAUGGCAAGGGUCUGCAACAGCACCACAGACAGGAAGCACGCAGACGUCUUCCUGGAGAAGUGCAUCACGGAGUCAGUCAUGAGCAUCGUGAGUGGCUUCUUCAGCUCUCCUUUCUCAGACAACAGUACCAGCCUCCAGACACACCAGCCAGUUUUUAUUCAGCUGCUGCAGUCUGCCUUCAGAAUUUACAAUUGCACCUGGCCAAACCCCGCACAGAAAGCCUCAGUGGAAUCCUGUAUCAGGACUUUGGCAGAAGUGGCAAAAAAUCGUGGGAUUGCCAUUCCAGUGGAUUUGGACAGCCAAGUCAAUACUCUUUUCAUGAAGAGUCAUUCAAAUAUGGUGCAGAGAGCAGCCAUGGGUUGGAGACUCUCAGCUCGUUCUGGACCACGCUUUAAGGAAGCUCUUGGAGGGCCUGCUUGGGAUUAUAGAAAUAUUAUUGAAAAGUUACAGGAUGUCGUGGCCUCCCUGGAACAACAGUUCAGCCCAAUGACGCAGGCUGAAUUCUCAGUGUUGGUUGAUGUAUUGUACAGUCCAGAACUGCUGUUCCCUGAAGGAAGUGAUGCAAGAAUCAGAUGUGGCACGUUCAUGUCCAAGUUGAUUAAUCAUACAAAGAAACUAAUGGAGAAAGAAGAAAAACUCUGCAUUAAAAUUCUUCAGACAUUACGAGAAAUGCUAGAGAAGAGAGACAGCUUUGUGGAAGAGGGUAGCAUAUUAAGAAAAAUACUCCUGAAUCGAUACUUCAAAGGUGAUUAUGGAGUUGGUAUGAAUGGACACCUGACAGGAAACUACGCCAAAAUUGCACAAGUGGGAGGAAGCUUUUCUGGACAAGAUUCAGAUAAGACCGGGAUUUCAAUGUCUGAUAUCCAGUCUCUGCUGGAUAAAGAGGGUGCAUCGGAACUUGUCAUUGAUGUUAUAGUAAACACCAAAAACGACAGGAUUUUUUCAGAAGGCAUUUUACUCGGCAUUGCCUUGCUUGAAGGAGGAAAUUCACAAACACAGAGUUCCUUCUACAAGCAGUUGCAUGAACAAAAAAAGUCAGAAAAAUUCUUCAAAGUUCUCUAUGAUCGAAUGAAGGCGGCUCAGAAAGAGAUAAGAUCAACAGUGACAGUGAACACCAUCGAUCUAGGGAGCAAAAAGAGGGAUGAGGACAGUGAGUUGAUUACAUCCGGCCCACGAGUGAGAGUAAGAGAUUCAUCACUACAUUUAAAAGAGGGUAUGAAAGGGCAGUUAACAGAAGCUUCUUCGGCAACAUCUAAAGCAUAUUGUGUAUACAGAAGAGAAAUGGAUCCAGAAAUAGACAUUAUGUGCACAGGCUCAGAGGUGGGAAACGUGGAGGAAAAAUCUGCAGAAGAAGUAACAAUGAGUCCCGCAAUUGCCAUCAUGCAGCCAAUCCUGAGAUUUCUUCAGUUACUGUGUGAGAAUCACAACCGGGAGCUGCAGAACUUCUUGAGAAAUCAAAACAACAAGACAAAUUACAACCUCGUCUGUGAGACCCUCCAGUUUUUGGACUGCAUUUGUGGGAGUACAACAGGUGGCCUGGGCCUGUUGGGUCUCUACAUCAACGAGAAGAAUGUAGCACUGGUCAACCAGACCCUGGAGAGCUUGACUGAAUAUUGCCAGGGUCCGUGCCAUGAAAAUCAGACUUGCAUUGCUACUCAUGAAUCCAAUGGGAUUGAUAUCAUCAUUGCUUUGAUUCUGAAUGACAUAAAUCCUCUUGGUAAAUACCGAAUGGACUUGGUGCUCCAGCUAAAGAACAACGCCUCCAAGCUUUUGCUGGCCAUUAUGGAAAGCAGACAUGACAGCGAGAAUGCAGAGAGAAUUCUUUUCAACAUGAGACCCAGGGAACUGGUAGAUGUGAUGAAGAAUGCCUAUAACCAAGGAUUGGAAUGUGAUCAUGGGGAAGAGGAAGGCAGAGAUGAUGGUGUUUCCCCAAAGGAUGUUGGACACAAUAUCUAUAUUCUGGCCCAUCAGUUGGCCCGCCACAACAAACUGUUACAGCAGAUGCUCAAACCGGGAUCAGAUCCAGAUGAAGGAGAUGAAGCCUUAAAAUAUUAUGCCAACCACACCGCCCAGAUCGAGAUUGUUCGGCAUGACAGGACCAUGGAGCAAAUCGUUUUUCCUGUCCCCAAUAUUUGUGAGUUCCUCACUCGUGAAUCCAAGUGUCGUGUGUUCAAUACAACUGAGAGGGAUGAACAAGGAAGCAAAGUGAAUGACUUCUUCCAGCAAACAGAAGAUCUCUACAAUGAGAUGAAGUGGCAAAAGAAAAUCAGGAACAACCCUGCUCUGUUCUGGUUCUCGAGACAUAUCUCUCUCUGGGGGAGCAUUUCUUUCAACCUGGCCGUGUUCAUCAAUCUAGCAGUUGCUCUCUUCUACCCAUUUGGGGAUGAUGGAGAUGAAGGUACCCUCUCUCCAUUGUUCUCAGUCCUUCUGUGGAUAGCAGUUGCGAUCUGCACGUCUAUGCUGUUUUUCUUCUCCAAGCCUGUGGGUAUUCGGCCCUUUCUUGUGUCAGUCAUGCUCAGGUCAAUAUAUACUAUAGGUCUUGGCCCUACAUUAAUACUUCUUGGUGCAGCUAAUCUUUGUAAUAAAAUAGUAUUUCUGGUGAGUUUUGUGGGAAAUCGUGGCACGUUCACCCGAGGAUAUGGAGCAGUCAUCCUGGAUGUGGCCUUUCUCUAUCACGUGGCAUACGUCCUGGUCUGCAUGCUGGGCCUCUUUGUUCAUGAGUUCUUCUAUAGCUUCCUGCUUUUUGAUUUGGUAUACAGAGAAGAGACUCUGCUCAAUGUCAUAAAAAGUGUCACACGGAACGGCCGCUCCAUUAUUCUAACCGCAGUCCUGGCUCUCAUCCUCGUCUACCUGUUUUCCAUUAUUGGGUUUCUUUUCCUGAAGGAUGACUUCACUAUGGAAGUGCAUAGGCUGAAAAACAGAACUCCAGUUACAGGUAAUGAUGGAGUUCCUACCAUGACUUUGCCUUCCAUGAUGGAAACAUGUGAAAAGGAAAACUGUUCACCCACAAUACCAUCUUCAAAUACAGCUGACGAAGAGUACGAAGAUGGCAUUGAAAGGACAUGUGACACUCUUCUUAUGUGCAUUGUCACUGUGCUGAACCAGGGCCUCAGAAACGGUGGUGGCGUGGGGGAUGUGCUCAGAAAGCCGUCCAAAGAUGAACCCUUGUUUGCUGCCCGAGUGGUUUAUGACCUUCUUUUCUUUUUCAUUGUCAUCAUUAUUGUUCUUAACUUGAUUUUUGGAGUUAUCAUUGAUACCUUUGCUGAUCUCAGAAGUGAAAAACAGAAGAAAGAAGAAAUUUUGAAAACAACCUGUUUCAUCUGUGGACUCGAGAGGGACAAGUUUGAUAAUAAGACUGUUUCAUUUGAGGAGCAUAUUAAAUCAGAACACAAUAUGUGGCAUUAUUUGUACUUCAUUGUCCUGGUGAAAGUUAAAGACCCAACAGAAUACACUGGACCUGAAAGUUACGUGGCUCAAAUGAUUGUGGAGAAGAACUUGGACUGGUUUCCUCGGAUGCGAGCCAUGUCCCUCGUUAGCAAUGAAGGUGACAGUGAGCAAAAUGAGAUUCGGAACCUGCAGGAAAAGCUGGAAUCAACCAUGAGUCUGGUCAAACAGCUGUCAGGUCAGCUGGCGGAACUCAAGGAGCAGAUGACAGAACAAAGGAAGAAUAAGCAGAGGCUGGGCUUCCUCGGAUCAAACACACCCCAUGUGAAUCAUCACAUGCCACCACACUGAUACCAUGGGGGGAAGCCGUGACCAGCCUUUCAUCAGUGUCCUGCCUGAUCACUGAAUAAAGGACUGAGAUGGAGGGGAGUGAACAGUGCCUAUUGUUGAAAAGUUAAAAACAACCAAGUGCCAAGAUGUUGAGUGGUUUAGCUCCCAGAACAAUUUGUAACUGUGUUUUCAUGGCUGAGAAGACCCAAGCUCAAAAGCAGCAACUCGAAAGCACACAUCACACAUCCUCAAAGCAACAUGAACUUGGGCACAGGGCUAGAGAGGGUAGGGAGAGGCAGAGUGGGAAGUAACACCGGGCAGUGAGAACCACCUUCUGAUAAAUUGAUGAGGCUCAGUUUUUCCUUCAGUGCUGACUCUAGCCUUCCUCAGGGCUGGUUGGAAUUUAUUUCUUCUAAUUGUGGCACAUAGGUCAAUGAUACAGGAAGUCAUACUUUGGUGGCUAAUUUUACUAAAGAAAAUAGCUGAAAAGAUUAAAAAUGAGAAUUGGAAAGGAGCUUGGGGAUACUUCCAAACCGUAGCUAUCACUGGGCAGUUUCUUUAUUACAUGAAACCCAGUGGAUGUGCAGCUCAGGAGCAAGUGCUUUGGAGCAGAUGCCCGCCUGCUGACCACAUAGCUGGAUUCGAUUGCUUUCUCCAGGCUUCAGAUGGGCUAUGUCGAUGUGCAGCCCAAAAGGAGGCUUUCAUAUAACUUGUUAGGAACACAUUUUAAUUCAGAAUACGCUAAGAUUGCAAAAGGCUUGGGGAAGAAAAGCCUGACAGCAACCCCAGGGAAGAAUUUUUUUUUUUAGAACAUAUGCAUAUACUAUUAAAAUAUACUGCUUUUAAUAAAUGAAAAUAUUUAAAGGUGACAGGAAAGAGUGAAAAACUUCUGAUGGUGGCCUUGAUUUUUAUAAACAUGGAGUGAAAGCAAUUUGAUUUGUGUUUGUUGUGCUCCAAGAACUGAGUGUUUCUGUUUAUCCUGUUCCUGCAGUUAGAGGAGAGAAUCCAAGAAAUUGAUUAAAUACUCAAGAAAAUACAGCAUUUCAAUUGCAUGUUUAAAACUGUAACAGUAAGGGCUUUUCAAAAUGUAUAAAGAUAAUAAUCUCUUCCCCAAA